AUGUUGGCGCGGCGACGGCUUCGCUCGUCGCUGCUGGCGCUCGCCGCGCUCCUGGUCCCGGUCGCGGCGUUCGUGCCGAGCCUCCCGGCGCGCGCGCGGCCGCCCUCGCGCGCCGUCCCCGUCGACGUCGAGACGAGCGAGGACUACGAGUGGUACAUCCUCCAGUGCUACGUCGGCAACGAGGUCUGGUGCGCGGCGACCAUCGAGGAGAUCCUGGGCAAGCCCGAGCACGUCGAGCAGCGGAGCCGCGUCGAGACGAUCCUCGUGCCGACGGAGAAGGUCGCGUCGACGCGCGGCCGCAAGGUCUACCACAAGGAGAAGAUCAUCUACCCCGGCUACGUCUUCUGCCGCCUGCGCAUGGAGCAGGAGCUCUGGCGCGUGCUCACGCGGGUGCCCAAGAUCGCCAACUUCGUGGGCAUCGACGCGGGCAUGCGCAACGGCAUCGGCGAGAUCGUCGAGGGCUACAAGGGCGCGGUCACGCCCGUGCCCCUGAGCGCCAGGGAGGCGCAGAUGAUGCUCAGCGUGCACCUCGAGGGCCAGGAGGUCGGCGAGGACAACAUCGUCGACCGCUUCGCGCUGGGCGACGUCGUCGCCGUGCUCGACGGGCCGAGCGCGGGCGAGCGAGGUCUGGUGCGGUCCGUGAAGAACGACCAGCUCAUCGUGCGGCUCACGGGCGUCGGCACGGCGUCCUUCGACGUGCCCCUGGACCCCGACAUGGUGCGCCACCUCACGGCGUCGGAGCUCGCGCAGAUGGAGCAGGCCAAGGAGAUGGAGGCCGCGCGCGCCGAGGCGGCCGCGCGCGACGCCGCGGCCAAAGCGUCGCGGGGCCGCCGCGACGACGACGACUACGGCGCCGCCGACGCGGGCCUCGACGCCCGGCGCAGCCGGCGCAGCGACCGCCGCGAGGCCGCGCGGGGCGCCGAGGCGGACGCCGCGCCCGAGUUUCGGAACCGCGAGCGGUCGCGCUGGGAGACGCUCGCCGCGGCGUCCGAGCGCGAGCGGUCCCUCCUCGACGGGCCCGACGGGUCGUCCUACAAGGUCGACGCCGCCUUUGAGCAGGACGACUACGAGAACGUCGACGACGACGUCGCGCCCGUGUCGGCGGACGACGAGGCCUUCUUCGACGACCUGCUGGGCAUCCUCGACGACCCCGAGGGCAGCGAGGCCGCGCCGGCGCCGGCGCCGGCGAAGAAGGCGAGCCACCGCGACGCCGAGACCGACGACGACGCGCUCCUCCGGUCGCUCCUGAGCGGCGGCGGCGGCGGCGGCGGCGGCGCGGCCGACGAUUCGUUCGCGGACUUCCUCGGCGACGACGCGGCCUUCGACGCGCUCUUCGACGACGAGCCGGAGCCCGCGGGCGACCUGCCCGCGCCGCGCGCCGGCGACGACGACGACGACGACGAGCUCCUCGCGAUCCUCGGCCUCGGGCCGGAGCUGCCGGCGCCGCUCCCGGACGAGCCCCUCGACCUCUUCGAGCCCGCGCCGCCGCCGGCCGCGCCGCCGGCGGGGAACGACUACGCGAAGCAGACCGUCCCCGAGCUCAAGGCGCUGCUCAAGGCCCGCGGCCUCAAGGUCGGCGGCAAGAAGGCCGACCUCGUCGACCGGCUCGCGGAGGCCGACGCCGUUCCCAACUGA